UCGUAGGAGUGCGGCUAGCAUGCGCCCCGCGUGUUCGCAAGUCGUGCUCGACUAAUUAUUCGCCGACAGCUUUACGGUCUCGUCAACUGUCGUUUGUACGUUCCGUGUUCGACAGAUCGCCGACUCUUUUCGAUUCGUACCUCCGAAAAACAGAACGCCGCCGCAUCGGCGGGCCUAAGCUGUCGUCUGCUCGCGGUGGGGGUCGUCCGGAUCGUCUGCCUACGUGCCGUGGCCUUUUGCGAGGGGUGCGAAGGCAAGAACGUUGAACCGCUUUGCUGCGUGGUGGUCGGCUGUGUGUGUGGCGUCAUUCUUCUGCGUGCGUGCAUGCGAGUGUGAGGUACCGCGCCGCGAUGUUGUAUUCUACGUCCCUUCGUUCCUGACAGGCACGUCGGGGGUUUGUUUUGUGUCACCCUGGUUUCUCCAACGCAGCAUUCAGGCUCGACGUGAUCGCCAUGAAGCUGGUCAACUUCAGGCGCAGCCGCAUCAUCAAGCUUGUGUGCGCCGCCGUCCUCCUCAUAUGCGUGGUCGCCUUCUUCCUGCCCAAGCCGACGGGUGAUGAGUACUAUCGUGAACGAGAGCAGGAAGCGUACCCGCCGCCCAUGCCGGUCUUCAGGAAGGACCGGACGCUGGGCAACUUCGAGCCCAAGUCGCACGAGACCCGCAAGGGACCCGGCGAAGGAGGCGUCGCCUACCACGUACCCGAGCGGGACCGCAACAGCGCGUCCGACUCCAACAUGCAGUACGGCAUGAACGUCGUGGCCAGCGAUCACAUCUCGCCCAACCGAAGCGUCCCCGACAUGCGACUUGAAGAGUGCAAGUACUGGGACUAUCCCGAGGACCUGCCAACGACAAGUGUGGUGGUGGUGUUCCACAACGAGGGCCUGUCGGUGCUCAUGCGCACCGUCCACAGCGUCAUCAACCGCUCGCCGCGCCAGUUUCUCAAGGAAGUGGUGCUCGUCGACGACUUCUCUGACAAAGAGAAUCUGAAGGGCGAGCUGGAGACUUACAUCGCGCACAACUUCCCGCGUGGCCUGGUGCGCCUGCUGCGCAACAGCGAGCGUGAGGGCUUGAUCCGGUCGCGAAGCUAUGGUGCCGAACAGUCGCGCGGUGACGUGGUCCUCUUCCUGGACGCCCACUGUGAGGUGGGCAUCAACUGGCUGCCUCCGCUGCUGGCACCCAUCAGGGCAAACAGGCGUGCCAUGACCGUGCCGGUCAUCGACGGUAUCGACAAGGACACCUUUGAGUACCGGCCCGUGUACCACGGCCGUCAGCACUUUCGUGGCAUCUUUGAGUGGGGCAUGCUGUACAAGGAGAUCGAGAUCCCCGACGAGGAGAUCAAGAGGCGCAAGUACCACAGCGAGCCCUACAAGUCGCCCACACAUGCUGGUGGUCUCUUUGCCAUCGAUCGCAAGUAUUUCCUUGAACUUGGCGGCUACGAUCCUGGCCUGCUAGUCUGGGGUGGUGAGAACUUCGAGCUGUCCUUCAAGAUUUGGCAGUGUGGAGGCAUGAUUUUCUGGGUACCUUGCUCGCGUGUCGGCCAUGUCUACCGGGGCUUCAUGCCCUACAGCUUUGGAAAGCUGGCACAGAAGCGAAAGGGACCCCUCAUCACAGUGAAUUACAAGCGGGUGGUGGAGGUGUGGAUGGACGAGUACAAGGAGUACUUCUACACCCGAGAGCCCCUGGCCACCUACUAUGAUGCCGGGGACCUAAAGCAGCAGCUGGCACUCCGCGAGAAGCUAAAGUGCAAGAGCUUCCGCUGGUUCAUGAAGAACGUCGCAUACGACGUGCUCAAGAACUUCCCCCUGCUGCCCAGGAAUCUCUACUGGGGAGAGAUCAGGCACGACGCUACCGACCAGUGUAUCGAUGCCAUGGGUGCCCAUCCGCCGUCCACGGCUGCGCUGACUACCUGUCACGGGACCGGAGGAAACCAGGUGUUCCGGCUCAACGCGGAAGGUCAACUAGGCCUGGGUGAGCGGUGCAUGGAUGCCAGUUCGCACAGCAUGGACGUCGUGUACUGCUCGCUCGGAACCGUGGACGGUCCCUGGGAGUACAGCGUGGACACCAAGCACAUGUACCACAAGACGCACAAGAAGUGCCUCACCUACAACAGGCGGAACUACAAGGUGCACCUCGAAAAGUGCGACGACGGCGACCUGAGCCAGCAUUGGACGUUCCGCGAGAUUCAGGACUCGUAGUGACACGAGCGGCAAUGACACAGCCCCGCUCCGUAAACCUGUUGGUUGCCUUCACACGUGGUGCGCGGAGACUACUUGUCAGCUGCAUCUUCUUUUUCUUUUUUUAUUAUAUUUCACGUUUGGAAGACAUCCUUUUUUUCUUUUUUUCAAUUGACCUAGACUUGGGAGUUUCAAGGACAACGUCCACUGCGUGGCAUUGUCGCUACCCGGGCGGCGCGGUGCGUACUACGGGUUCAGACGAGUGACCACUGAAGCGCUGCCGACUCGUUUGACUGCAAUUGUGACUCAGUCGACUUCGCCCCUGCCUUCUCUUUCCCCCGUUUUCUGUUCUGUCAUACAGCAUCCGAGCUUGUAAACAGCCCCGAUUCCGGUCCGGUGUGCUGCACUUAAAUGUGCGCAUGUGCAUUGUUGAACAACGUAUGCGACAUUGACUUGUAGGAGGAAGUCAUCAUGAACUCGUCCUGGGAUGAAGGCGUGCUGCUGCAGGUGCUAAGCGGGGCGAGACGACGCAGAAGAGAGAUUUAACGUUUGUUUCCCCCCCUUUUUUUUUCUUGUGAUGUCUUGUUCAAUGUUACAUUUCUCCACCUUUGACAGCAAGCUAACAUUAUUACUUUGUUUUUGUUUUUCAAGUGGAGCUUUAACUGUGCUGCUCAGUUUGUUUGGUAUAUCCCCCUUCUCUUUCAAUUUUAAGUUUUGAUAAUUAUUUACCACUUCAAUCUAGCUAACGUCCUUGUUCUGCGUUUGCAGUGUCAUUGCCCUGUUUUUGCCGGUGAAUGAUACGAGUUCGCAGUGAUGUUUUUUUUUUCCACCGCAAUCAGAGACUCAGUUUGAUGGCUCAGCUGAGUUGACAGUUGUGUGAACUUUGUUUUUCUUUCCUUUGUUAUUUUAUUUGUUAUCUAUACCUGGCUCCUCUGUUCUUUCGUUAUUUUUCCUCCUCAUCUGCGCAACAGAACUGGAAAAUACUUUCUUUCGUGGUAAAGUCUAAAUCACUGACUAGAAUUAUUCCUAAGUUGUGUCAAAUAAGUAAUGUCUCGGUGGCAUGGCUUUGACAAAAUGUGUGCAUAUUUGCGGAGUCGAAUCUUAAAAGCUAAAGGCUUACAUUUUUGUCUCAAAACAGAAGUUGGUCCAAGAAAUUCUCAGUUUUCUGGCCGUCAGUGAAUAAUGAAAAUCAAAUGCUCAAACUGGCCAAAAGAAAAUAAAAUGCACAGGAACCUACCUCAGUUAACUUUAAUCUGACAUUCUUUACAGGCCUUAUAUUGCAGUAUUUUUUUAUCUGAGGCCAAAGUUGUGAACGUGUGCAUUUUCGGAUCAGUAUUCAAGCUCAAUUAUACUGUCUGGCUUAGUCUGGAUUAAGCUUCAGUUUGGCAUCAAGCUACCUUGCCUCAAGGAAAACUUUCUCCCGGAAAGUGAUAAAACCUGCAAGAAACCCAUUUUUAUACAUGACUUUCUUAAUUAUCAAUAUUGUUUUUGUGAAUAUUUUCUGCUCAUCAUCUUUAAAACGAAUCUCCUGAGUGCUAUUAGAUGGGCUUUGCUGUUUAGAUUCUGCUCAAGUAAGCAAUGUUUUUUCACAGUGACUAUGGAUUGUUGCAAAGUCAAGUAAAAUUCUGAAACCGUCCUUUAGCUGUGCAAAGCCAAUGAUGGCUCACAUGGUCCAACAUUAGAACAUCGAGCCAACAUCGGCACACCAUCAGAUUGGCCCACAUUGGCCCACCGUCAGACGGGGCAAUGUGGGCACACCACUUGUCCGAGUUGCAGCAUUGCCUGGAUUGUAUGAAUUUCCACAAUGAUAUUGUCAGUAACCUCUCACCAGCUUUGAUUUUCUAUCUAAUGUUAUUUCACCGAACAUUUCCAAAGCCAUCUAACUGUUUCACUUUGGCUGGUUUCAUUUUUUCUGUAGAACACUGAAUGUUAUUGUUGCUUAAGGUGAUACUAAGGUUAAAUUGUGACCAUAGUGGUGCAAUAUUAUCCAAAAUGUGUGUAAGGUAUUACAUGUACUGUGAACGAGCAGUUUCAGCAAGUAACAAAAAGAAACUGUGUAGAUAGCUGUACUAGAUAGCCAGAUGCUAGUGCAAAGAUCUGGCACCAUGUGUCACAGCUCAACAUCUUAUAAAAAUAUUUUAGGCAACAACAGUAUGCAAAUUAUGUUGGGUAUCAGCACAAAAUACAUUUUCGCUCGUUUAUUGAAUCGGUCGGCACAAAAAUUCAUAAAUGCCACAUCUUCAUGCCUUUCUCUCUCUUUUUCUUGUUUUCACGUGGUGUCAUCUGUGCGUAGGCCACUGACUGAGAGCUGAAGAUUCAGCUAUUCGGAACCCGAAUGGCCUUCGUUACGUCACGUCGGCACUAGUGAGUUUCAAUGCUGCACAUAUGCUUCCUGCAAUGUUGUGCGUGCAAAAUGCAAGCUUUCGCUUGAGCGCAUACGCAGCAGUCGUCCUAUUCAGCACAGUGGGAAACAUGAUGUUCUUAUGUAUGCAAUGAUGUUGGACGCUACGUACGCAGUACUAUUGGGAACUUGCUUGUGCUAUGGCGUGAUGCAGAGCAAACUCUUUUAAAAAUAGUCGCGUCGCAGUAUGGCUAGGUAUGGUGAUACAAUAAUGUUGCCAAAUAUUACUGCUUAUCUGGAUUUUUAUGACAAGAGCUCACUUACGCCGUCAGUAAAGGGCGGCUAGCACGUUGCACAAAAUUUUGUGUUGCUUCCAGAAGCAAUCGAUGCCACAAGUUGUCUUUCAUCACAAAGCAGAUGUCAGCAAAUUUCAAGAAGGUUAGCGAAACGAUCUUGACUGAUUCAUCAUUUGCUUCUAGCGUCUCUUUGUGACACGUAAUUUUUGAGUGUUGAAUGCCACUUGCUCAAACUUUGAACACCAGCUAGCAGAGCUUCGUUGUGUGCAUUCACUGCUGCGUUUGUGCACAAGUUUAGUGCGAUAACAAUUUUCAGUUAUGUAUGAAAAUCGGGUUCGAGCGUCAGUACUAUUUUUUCUUCAGAAAGCAUUUGUGUGUUCUCAUUUUCGUGUAUCUUUCAUUAAAAUACAGUGUAUUCUAUUUAAACAAAACCUGAAGAGACUUGAAAAACGUGUUCUAUUUAACAGUAGUUCCACUUACAGAGAACUGAACAGAGCUGCAGAUUUGUUUGAAACCAAUCAUAUCUGAGUAAUUUGCAUUUAAGCACCAGUUUCGCUUAUGAUAUUUUCGUUUACUGAGAGUCUGUGGUGAGAACACGUUAAACACGCAAAUGGGUGGCGGUAUCUUUUAUUUUUGCCUCGUUUGUUUUGUGGGAGCGAAUGAUGAUGGAAAAAAAACCUCAGUUAACUCAUUUAUUUGCUGACAGUAUGCCUUUUUCCUUUAUGUUUUGAUUAAAUGAUGAUGUUUGCAAGUACAGAGCCCAAGAAUCACUUUUGGUCUGGGCAAUGUAGGUGUAUGUGUGAUUGCAUGGGAUAUGAUUUUAUUUUCUGUAUUCUUGUGAAAUCUCUAGAUUUAUUUCGCACAAGUUGUCAUGUGCCUUGAGAUAUGUGUUGCAAAUGUGCAAAAGAGAAUGUUAUGUAAAUGUUUCAGUCAAGACUUCGUUCUAUGGCAUAGCUGCCUGAUGAUGUUGAUAUAACAGUUUUUGGCAGUUGAAGAUGGAACAUUGUGGGGCCAAUAGAGGUACUGUAUGGUGUUAAGAAAAAUUCAUCUGUUAUGUGCUUUAGACUUCAGUGAGUUUAGAAGCACAAACCUUGGGACGUCAUGGCUCAGUAACUCUGUCUCAGCGUGAACUGCAUAAUGUGCUGAAUGCACAGAGAAAUGACAGUCUGCGCAGUUUAGAAAAUGCUAUGCUGUCACGUGAGCAGGUCUUGGUCUUUAUUUAGUCAAUCUGUACCGAAUGUUUCAGUAUGAAUGAAAGCAUGAGUGAUAUUAGAGUAUAAUGGGUUUGAAAGCAAAAUGCAGCCGUGCCCAAUUUGUGUUGACUUGAGCACGCUUGAGAGACGUUUUCAUUUGACAUCGGACUUGCCGCUUUGGCACGUGUCUAUAGCAAUGUGCUCACAAUGCACACGGUUAUGAGUUUGAUACCUCGUCGCUGUGACUGUAUUCAAGUGGAGGGUAAAUGUGAGAAUGCUUGUAUGUUCAGAUUUAGGUGCGUGUUAAAAGGAAUGUUUUCACCCGGCCGUGAGAUUGAUAGAGGCUCACGCUUACACUCUUUGGUCACGACAUGAAGGACAGUGGAUAGUCGAGAGUAACCCAAAUUGCCCUGCCACAAUGCCUCUAAUGGCCUGCAACUUGCAUCGAGAUGUUAAAGUGCAGAAUGCAGAAUUUUUUUGUGGGUCUCUCGAUAGUGUUAUGAGAUGCUCCCCUUCAAAAAUAAUCCCAGCUGAAUAGAACUGGAAUCUGUAAGCCCCACUAGCUCUUGUUUUAGGAAUGUGGAUAUGAAUCUAUAAGACUUCAGCAUUUCAGUGCUAUUUAGGUUCACCUUUUUUAAAGUGCAUUGCUAAUAGGAGUGCACAAUGCAUUAUCAUAAUUGGAUUUGUUAUUGGGGCACUCAAAUGUUGAGAAGCUUGUGUUAAAUAUGAGAUUUGUUUAAAACGUAAGGGGCGUCUUUCUGAAGUUUUGUUUUCUGCCCUAGUGCUGUAGUAAAAAAAAAAAAUAUUAUGCUAUUGAAAUUCUUUAGCUACACCUUGAAUGACAUUAGGAGUGAAGCGUUGAUGAUGGCCCAAAUGUGACGAAAGUGAAAUGUUGUAUAGUAGUGGAUGAAGUCGUGCAGGCAUUCUGUAAAGUGUAGACUCUUCAUCGAAUGUCAUCUCAACCCAUCUGUGAUCUCUAAGCUUAUUUCUGAAUGGCGCGGAGUGUUUUGAAUGCAUGUCAACUUUUUGGCGGUAGACAACAAUAUGACUUGACAUGGUUUCGUUAUGAUAAAGUAACCUGAGUGACUAACAAAUGGUAUCACUACCCUUCAUUACCAAUAAGGCUAUUGAAAUGCAUUUGUGUGUUUUAUACUUCUAGGAUGCACAUUUGUAAUAGCCUGUUCUUGAGACUGUGAAAUUCCCAAUGUUUCUGUAGAUGGGGGACUGAAAAUUCAUGCAUCGUUUAACAUCACUUUUUGUGUGUAAACAAACUUCAUACUAUUCUAGUACAAGGUGCAAAAAGAUCGUUCUGUGUCCUGGAAGUUCCUACAUGUCUGAAGUUGCCAAUAGACACAGGCCCGUAGUCAGGGGGGUGCGCUAGCCCCCCCCCCCCCCCUUUUUCUUUCUCCCUGAAAUUUGAAUGGAGAAAAGUGUUUUGCCGAAAAUAAUGAAAAUAUGGGUUUUUCAACACCAUCAUUAAGUGCCCCCCCCCCCCCCAAAAAAAAAAAAAAAGUUCCUGGCUACGGGUCUGAGUAGACAGCCCUAACAAAGUUAGUAUUGAGUGGUUAAAAUUGGUGAUUGCCUGUGUCGUAAAGAAUUUUAUAAAAGCUGAAUUGUAAGGUGCAGUUCGCCUAAUGCAGCCACCAAGAGUAAUGUUGGUACCGCUGAUAACAAGGUAACAAUGGUGUGGUUAAAAGUGAUAAUGCAAAUGCAACUCAUAAGACUUGUGUAAUCAUAACACUUUUGCACAUAUUUCAAAUGACCUUAAAUGUAAUUGUACACAGUUACAACUGUGGAUGUUCUAUUUUGUCACAAAUCCUAUUCCAGUUAAGUGCAUUGGUGCGUGCAUUUUAUGCUGCGACUUUCACAGAAUUACUAGUGUGACUUUUUUUUAGAAUCUUGGUAGGCACAGGUGUUGACGUAAUCAACUACCUGUAUGCAAAAUAGUGUUGUGAUGCGUGUACCUCGUUUUUCUUUUGAUUCUAUAAUGCAAGGUUUUGAAAACAAAGGUCAUUUCAAGGAAAAGCAUUCCAGCAUCUGUAGUGUUGUCGUGCAAUACAUGUGGAACUCUGAUGAAAAUGCCGGCACAAUUUUUACAUGUUACACUUGUGUAAUAAAAUGCAAUGACGGCCACGC